AUGAUCACAAGCAUUUUGACUGCCUCCACCUCUCAGCCAAGGAAGGUGUCUGAGUUACAGUUCUACCAACGGGAGUACUACGCCAAGAGAGUUAAGGUUGAAUUUGACACGCACUGGGAGACUAUCAAGGACCGCAUCAGUUCGGAUUGUCGGGUUCGGGAGAUGAACGCGUUUACUGGGAGAAAAUGGGCUAAUGAACCAGAGGAUUUCAAGAAAGGAUUGUGGGAGGUUCUUGAGAGGAACUAUGUGGAGGAGAUGGAGGCUUGGAAAAAACGAGAGGAUUGGACCCUGGAUGCGAGUGGCUACAAAAUGUACGGUGUUACAUGCUUGAGAUCAUGGACCAGAUUGGUUGCUAAUAACGCUAGGAACAGCACUAGUAAUGGGACUGGAAAACACACCUCAAGCACGAAGUGCAGCAAACCAACCACACUAAAAGAGUGUUCUUAG